AUGCCUACAUGCCUACGUGCCUACAUUAGAGAGACUUAUAGCGUCAAGAUGUGGUUUCACAGGACCAAUAUUAUCUGGAUUCUUAUCUCGUUUUCUUGUAUGACGUCAUGCCAUUCUACCAAUCAAACAGUUACCGCUGGUGCAGGAAGCUCUUCUCCUGUGGAUAAACUUGCUGAUAUUGUUACCAAGAUGCAAUCACUCGCUCGCCUAGUUAACGGAAUCUCCUUGGAAAUUGGAUUCAUCGAUGGAUCCAUCCCAUCUGACGACGCAAUUGCUGAACUCCUCUACACAGAUCCUUCCAAGCUUCAGGAGAUGAUGUCUGUGAAUUCCAGUGUGGCAAAUCGUAUAACUAAUGGCUUUGACACUAUUUAUUCCGACAUAUCCAGCGCUCCAGACAAUGUUAAAAUUAUGGAAAAACGGUUGGCGGUCCUGGAGGACAUUAGUCUAAUCCUCGACACUGUUAGCCUUGAGAAAGUAGACAGCAAAGACUAUGGAACAAAACUUCGCGACGUUGGAGAGUUUGUGAAUAAAUUUACCCAGAUCCAUGAGAAAUAUUGGACGGAGAUGAAGAAAUAUCUUGAUGACAUGCACCGAAUCUUCACUCACCUUGUGACAGAUUCUCCGACUGACUCAGAAAUUGAACAAACGGUAGAGUCGUUUCCAGACUAUGUCAAGACAUUUGAGAAUGUGCAAAAAGCAGUGCCAUACUUUGAGCAAGUUGUUACAGUUUUACGGAGAGCCAAGGAGAUUGAUAAUAUGUUCCUGGUUUUUCGACCAUUGAUAUUUGAAAGUCAGCUCCGUUCUCAGCUUGCAUCUACUGGAAAAUACGACCAGGAAUCUAUAGAUCUUCUGGGUAAGCUGUUCGAAGACGUUCUAGAGUUUUCUCAAGACUCAAAGUCUUUUCUGGAAAAUCUUGAAUCCAUCGAAAAUCUGAUUUGGAGUAAGGCUACUACAACAAACUUACCAGUUCAACUUAUGAUUGGAUUCACUGAAGGAUCAAAAGAUAUUGAGCUGCUUCAAGAAUCUUCUGGAAGCAUUUUAAAUUCUUCAAGAGUAUCUAGUAGCCUUGAAACGGCAUUUAAAUCCUUCGGCAGUUUUGGAAAGGAUAUUUCUAAUUUUGAAUCGUCAUGGAAAUCCACGCUCAAAAGAGCAAAUCAAAGCUCACUUGAUGAAAUGAAAAAUAUGCUAAAAAUAAUGUCUUCGUUAUCGUAUUUUAAAAGUGUCUCCGCUCACCUGGAAGCAAUCACAAAAUGUGAUGCAUCUGGGAGUUCCUCAACAGAAAGUCUGACUGAGUUACCUGUGAUUUACGCCAAUAUGAAAUUUUUGGAUCAAGGAUUGAAAAUGCAAAGUAGUUUUGAUUACAUUAAUCAAUUCAAAGAUCUUUCCUUAUUGAUCACACGUUUUACAAUUGGUCCGGAAAAGGAUAAAAUACAGGAAGCAAGGAGUGUUAUUGCAUGGUUCAAUGUACAGAAUGCAAACAGAAUACAGAACGCAAGGAAAUUUGUGAGCGAUUUUGAAAAAUUGCAAACUUCGAUGACAAAAUUGGGCGAUCUUCUCAAAAUUGUUGGGGAGUCAUUUUCUAAAAUCGAAGGCUAUCAAAAAAUGAUAACUGAUCCAAAGCAUUUGAGCUUUUACCAGUGCUUAACAGCAGCUAAAGAUAAAGAAGGAGGCGUUAGGGCAUUGCUUGAAAAUUUUGCAGUAUUCAGAGCAAUUCCUAGUUCAACUAUUGCUAAUACAAAAUUAGUUGUAGACGGUAUCACUGAUUCUCAGCACAAGCUUCAAGCACUUCGUUCGAUGGCUUUGAAAAUGAAGAGUGUUGAUGGAAGAGAAGCAUUGGCUUUGAAAACUUCAUUUCCGGAUUCUCAAAAAAUUGCAUUUGAUUUGGGAUUGGCUGUACUUGGAGUCUCAACCAUCAAGAAAGUUAUAGACAAUCGAAGUGAAUUGGCACCUCUGACGAAAGAAUUGAAAGAUAUUGAAGAAGCAGCCGGGAACUCUACAGAAGAUAUUUCAACGUUGCAAGAUCUCAAAUCUUCUGUUAUCUCGAUGUUCAAAGGAAUUGAUGAUUUUCUUUCAUCUGACUUUUCUAGCGAUGGAAAGAUCUUUGAGGAAGCUGCCAAGAUACCUGGAAUCGCAGGUUUUAAUUACAAAUCAUUGAAGGCUGCUGUAGAAGCAGUUGAUACGACUGGCAAGUUUUCCGGAAUUGUCAAUGCCCUGGAGGUUAUUACAAAUUUGGACUUGGACUUUGAAAAGUAUGAUAUUAAAUCAGCUUCUUCUUCACUGAAAGCACUGGAUGCGUUUUUCAAUAAAUACGAAGCAACCUUAUUUCCACCAACUACUACGAUUCCUCCAGCUACACCUCUAUCAUCACCUGCUCCUUCAAAUCAAUCUCCGCCAUCUCAACCUCAACCAGGACCCCGAGGAUCCUCGCCACCAGCACCGUCGGCACCUUCGGCACCUGAAACUGAUACGAAUAGUCUUGCAUUGGUCGACUUAACCGAUUCACCUGCUGAUCCGACCCCGGAAGUCUCGGGAUUCAUGUGGUUCAUUUUGCAAAACGGAAAGUGCAACGCGUUUGGGAGAUUUUCAAUCAAAAAAUUUAGUACGGAAAACGCUCAGCAGCAAAUUCAGGAUAUCAUAUAUUUUAUUCUUUGUGAUGGGCACUGCUGGUACCGUGUUUUUCGUGAAGCGGUUCUUGAAGACGGGUCAAAAUGUGAAGCCAAAAACUCCAAAGAAGAAGAUCAAUGGAAACUCUAGUGCAAAGGACGAUGUUACAAGUCAUCAUAAUUCCGACCCGCUGAGAAGUGCAAGAAGCUGAAAAUUCCAAUUAUUGAACUGUAAAAUGUUAUGUCUCUGAAAAUGAAUGAUGAUUUUGCCCGGUU